CUCAAUUUUUUUUUGCCUUUUGCAGCAUUGCUGAGCAACCCUCGUACAGUGGUAACCCUGAAAAGAUCCAACUUUUCUUGUGUCCUUAAGGGAGGCUUCCUUUGCAUUUGAGCUCCAAAUAACCCAAAGAACCGGAGAAGCUACUCUGUUUUUUUUUUCUUCUUUGUUUUGGGGUCUCUUUGUGGUUUGUUUUGGUUACAGAAAACACAUGAAUUUGGGUUUAUUGCUCUGUCAAUGAGUUGGGUUUCUGUUGAUGCUAUUGGGGGGAAUGGGUUGUAUGGUCUCAUGUCUUGCAGCGAAAUUUGCAUUCUUUCCACCGAGGCCUUCAACUUAUCAGUUGAAAAGGCGAGAAGAGGAUGGGAAGGUGGUGGUGGUCUCUUCUUCUGCUUCUUCUUCUUUGUCAAUCCCUCAAGAUGAUGGUUCACUUGACGUUUGGUUACUUGACACCAAACGUGGUAACAAGAUCGUAGCUUUCUACCUCAGGAACCCUUAUGCGAGGCUUACUCUGCUUUACUCUCAUGGCAAUGCUGCUGAUCUUGGGCAACUCUAUGAUCUCUUUGUGCAGCUCAAGGUCAAUCUCAGGGUUAAUCUCAUGGGAUAUGACUAUUCGGGUUAUGGAGCUUCAACUGGUAAGCCUAGUGAAAUUGACACUUACGCAGACAUUGAAGCAGUGUAUGAGUGUCUUGAGAAUGAGUAUGGAAUUAGCCAGGAAGACUUGAUUUUAUAUGGGCAAUCAGUUGGAAGUGGGCCUACAUUGCACUUGGCAGCUCAGUUGCCAAGGCUGAGAGGUGUUGUUCUUCAUAGUGCCAUACUUUCUGGACUUCGUGUUCUCUGUCAUGUGAAGUUCACACUCUGCUUUGACAUUUAUAAGAAUGUUAACAAAGUUCAGAAGGUAAAGUGCCCGGUGCUUGUGAUUCAUGGUACAGAAGAUGAUGUAGUGAAUUGGUUUCAUGGAAAUGGUUUGUGGGAAUUGGCAAGGGAGCCGUAUGAUCCAUUAUGGAUCAAGGGAGGUGGACAUUGCAAUUUGGAACUCUACCCCGAUUAUAUUCGCCAUCUGUGCAGAUUUAUCCAAGAGAUGGAGAACAUGACUACGGAGAUCCGUCUGAAAAAGAUACGGCAAAGCCUUCGUCAACAACCGAUGAAGUCUAAUUCUACAACUUGUAACCCAUGUAUUACUAACAGGUGCUGUAGAGUAAGACUCUGUUGGCCCAGAUGGCCUAGAUGCCUCAGAUGCCCCAGAUGCCCCAGAUGCCCCAGAUGUCUUGAAUGUCCCAGACCAAGGUGCAUAAGAUUGUCAUUCCGGCGAUGUUGUGGGGCAUAACAUUGGCAGGGAGCAUUGGAUAGUUGAUGUUAAUGAGGGGGGCAAAACAUGGAUGGAGUGAUUCAAUUGGUGAAAUAGUUGAUGUGUUUGUACAGAAAUUGCUGAAGUUGCUAACCCAUGUAAUAUGCACUGUGCUGUGCAGUGCAGUGCAGUGAGUGUGCAAUUAGGAUAUUAGCCUCUAAGUACCAAUAAAUGGAUUGUAAUGGGUUUUUUAAUUUUCCAGUUCCCAUUUUUUUUCCUUGCUUGGAUUGAAAUUUAUUGUGGUUCUUUUGAUGAACCCAUGAUCUACCUCUUUAGGAGUUAUUUUGUUCCUUAUAUAUCUCUAUUUUAGGGCAAUUAGUAAA